UAUUGAAUUUCUGUAUAAAUAGGGAAAUCCUCGCAAUUGCAAUUGUCAUCCAGAAGCUUCAACGUCUAAAAUCAUCUCUCCUCUCUGACUCUCUCUUUAAAAUAUAUCUGAAAUUCCUAAGCUCUUAUACAGUUUUUCUUGAGCCAUGACUGCGCAGAAAUCAGUGUUGCAACUGAGUGUUCACGAAGAAAGGAUCAGGAAGAAAGCAUGGAAGACCGUUUCUAGGUUUUCAGGAGUUACUUCGAUAGAAAUGGAUGACAAAACCGGAAAAAUGACGGUGGUGGGAGAAGUUGAUGUACCAAGACUCGUAAAGAAGCUAAGGAAGAUAUGUACCGCAGAUAUUGUUUCGGUAGAAAUUGUUAAACCACCUGAGAAAAAGGAAGAGAAAAAGGAACCGGAGAAACCGAAACAACCAGAGGUUAUUGUCAACCCGAUUACCUAUUGGAACAACCAGUACCAGUACCAUCCUGCUUCAUAUGCAAGUACUUACUAUCCACCAUGCGGGUAUUCUAGAGUUGUGGUGGAGGAACCAAGGCCUUGUGUGAUUUUGUAAUUUUUCCUAGAAUUAUCUCAGAUAAUGUUAGUUAUGUUUGCACUUAAAUUUUGAUGGAAGAGUGUAUGUUUUGGAUAUUGUCAUCUACAUUUCCCUUAUUCGAUAAAAACAGUCACUUUAUGUAUGACGAGAUUGAUCUUAGAUACGCUUUAUAAACUUUUUUACUUUUA